AUGGCUUCAUUUGCCAUGGACAAGGACCAAAUCCUCGUAGGUGUAUUGCUGUAUAUCUCCGGAGUCAUUGUCUACCGCCUCUUCCUCCAUCCUCUGAGCCGAUUUCCUGGCCCUAAGCUGGCCGCCAUUUCAUCCCUACCCGAGUUCUACCACGACGUCCUUCGUGGCGGCCGCUAUAUCUGGGAGAUUGAGCGCAUGCACGAGAAGUACGGUCCCAUCGUCCGCAUCAACCCGCGCCAACUCCACAUCAAAGACCCCUGCUUCUACGACGAGAUCUACGCCGGCGGCUCGCGCAGACGCGACAAGUACGCCGAGUACGUCAAUGCCCUGGCCGCCGACAACAGCUCCGCCACGACCGUCGACCACACGCACCACCGCAUCCGCCGCGGCUUCAUCAGCCCGUACUUCUCCAAGCGGUCGGUGCUGCAGUUCGAAGCCACCAUCUCGGAAAAGCUCGCCAUGCUCACCGCGCGCCUCGAGGAGGCGAGCCACGCCGGCUCCGUGCUGAACCUGCAGCAUGUCUUCGCCGCCCUGACCGCCGACAUCAUCAUGCAGUAUGCCUACGGCGAGACCCACGGCUACCUGGCGCACGAGAGCUUCCGGAACGACCUGGUCGAUGCCGUGGCGACGCAGCUCGACCUGCUGCACGUCAACCGGUUCUUCCCCGGGUUGGUGCGGCUGUUCAAGGAUGCGCCGCCCUGGCUGCUGCGGGCCGUGGGGCUCAAGAUCGCGGAUGUGGUCGAGGUGAAGCUCUGGAUCCGGGAGCUGGCAGCGAAGGCGCUGGCGCGGAAGGGAAGGGCGGGUGGCCGCGCGCGCGAGACCAUUUUCGAUGCCUUGACGGCGGAGACGGUGCCGCCGGAAGAGAAGACGCUGGAUCGUCUGGAGGUGGAGUCGACGGUCAUCUUCGCGGCGGGAACCGAUACCACGGCGCGCGCGCUGGCGGUGGCCAGCUUCCAUCUCAUGCAGAAUCAGGACGUGCUGCGGACCCUGCGGGAGGAGUUGAAGCGGGUGAUGCCUACGCCGACGACUUCCGUCUCGUGGCUGCAGCUGGAACAGCUGCCGUACCUGAGCGGCGUGGUCAACGAGAGCCUCCGUCUGUCGUACGCUCUCGUCACCCGACUGCCUCGCGUGGCGCCCGACGAGACCUUGAAAUACGGCGACUAUAUGAUUCCGCCCGGCACCCCGAUCAGUCAAUCAGCCUACUUCGUGCACCAAGACCCAACCAUCUUCCCCGAGCCGCAGAGAUUCCACCCGGAGCGCUGGAUCCGGGCAGCAGAGAAGGGCGAGAACCUGAAGCGCUUCCUCGUCUCGUUUAACAAGGGGAGUCGGCAAUGCUUGGGGAUCAACCUUGCCUACGCGGAGUUAUACCGGACAAUCGCGGCCGUGGCUCGUCGCUUCGACAUGGAGCUGUAUGAGACUACGCUGGAGGAUAUUCUCGUGAACCGCGAUCUGGGGUUUGGGCAGCCAGAGACGGGCAGAUUCCAGGUGCAGGCGAGAGUGACGGGGAUCGUGAAGGAGUGA